AGGGCUACUGGCUAAUGUGCGAAUUACGAAAAUAGUUUUUAUUUCUAAUUAUUACAACAAAACAAGUAUCACAAACAUAAUUGUAUUAUUUUAAAUAUAAAAUCAGCUUUCUCGUGUCAGGAUUAAAUUGAAUAUUCACACAAAUUGAUUCAGAUACGUGUUGUACCAAGUUAAAAUGCCAUCCAUAGCAGGAAAAUAUCAGCACUACAAAAAUGAUAACAUUGAUGACUACUUCUCUGCUGUUGGUGUACCUUUUAUGGGCAGAAAAAUGAUGGGAUUGUCAUCACCACUUAUGGAGAUAACAGUUGACGGUGAUAAGAUGGCAAUUAAAACUUCAUCUUUGUUAAGAACAGUAGAUUACAAAUUCACCCUUGGAGAGGAAUAUGAAGAGGAAAUGCCCAGUAAAACUAUUAUUAAGAGUGUAACAAAAAUGCCAAAUGAGAGUGAGUUGAUAACUGAGUCUGUGAUACCAGAGACAGGAGAGAAAACUUCCAGGCAUUACCUAUUUACAGAUGAUGAGUGUGUCAUUACAUUAACUCAUGAAAAGGCAAAGACCCCUGCUAAAAGGUAUUUCAAAAGAGUAACUUCGUAAAGCUCUUGUAUAAAUUGUUUAAAAUAUUAAGAGAAUGUAGGUUUCUGAUUGAAUUGCUUAGUACUUAAGGUAUGAGAUUAUUUUAUACUGAUUUUAUUUUUUUA